AUUGCGGUACAUACGAAUAUAGCGCGUCAUGCGAAAACAGGCGGACCCUGCAAUCCGUUUACUUCACAUGCAUCUCGUGGAUUAUUUCGGGUCUGUGAACCUUGCAGUGCGAAUGGCUGCUGUGGCGCCAGUAGACGUGGCACAUCAGUUGGACCGUGCGGAUUUUCAAGAACUAACGUUACAUGUGGCCCUUGUGGCAUAUGCGGGCCGGGACUAUGUAGAACUUGUGGACCCUGCGCACAGUUCGGCUGUUUUGCAUCUUGCGAAUCAUGUGGACCGCAUAGUGCGGGAAAGACAUGCAGUCCAUGUGGUUCCCGAAGUUGUUGCGGUUCUUGCAAUUCUUGUGGUCCAUUUGGCCCUUGUGGGGGUUCGCGUUGCGGUGUGAACGGAACUUGCUGUUCCAAUUUAUCGUGCGGUUCAUAUAAUCGUCGCUCGACUGGUGGUUGUUGCAGGCCGUGCGAAUCUUGCGGUCCAUGUGGACCUUGUGAUCCAUGGGGACCCUGCAAACCAUGUGCUUCUGCGACUGUAAGAGCUCCUUGCAAGCAAUGUGCUUCGCCUACGCCGUUUAAUCUUUUCAAUUCUUGCAAUCCAUGCAAUCCUGCGGCCAAAUUUAGCUCUUGCGAUCCUAGUGGGCCUUGUAUACCGUGUACACCCUGGGCUCCGUGUGGUUCAUCGGCUCCUCCUUCCUGCUGCAGUCUACCCAGACGUACUUGUAGAGUUCCAAACUACACACAGGAGUAUCUGGCGGCUAUCAGACGCUGCUGCUCGACGACCGUGAAAAAAGUGCGUGUGAAGAAAGCAAAAAAGCCGAGGAUUGUCAUAAGUAAAUCUGCUGCUAGCAAAACUAGCUUAGCGCUAUGCUAAUAAUAGUGAUCAGACGAACAGCUACGAACGUUCGGCUAGUGAAAAAAAGCAAUAAAAAUUUGUUAAAAGGAUAAAGGACAUCAAAGGAUCUUCGGUGAAAUAUAUGAGCGCAGAUUGGUACUUGGGCUUUUUACAUACGAACGGUCAUGCAAACAAAUAAAGUCACAUAUAAUUUAUAUGUAUGCAUGCCUCUUUAUGUGUGUAUGUUUAGCAUACAGCCGUGACACAUUUACAGCCAGUCAAGGAGUCAUUAAAAGAGUCCUUUGCUGUUAAUUUUAUGAUUUCAUUUUCAAAUUUUCUUGCGCUGACAACUUAAUGCCAGCAAAAAACUGUAAAACAUUUGUCAAUUGAAAUCUUUUAAUUUCAUUUAAACAACUUUUACGAUCGC